CCGAGGCUCCAGCGGUUGCACACGCUGCAGCAGUCUGUGGAAAUACAGAGAAACUUAAAACUCCAAAGUUUUUUUCCCUUUAACACGACUUUUUUUUUCCUCUGGUAGUGACUGAGAGGGUCGGUAUUAUCAAAGCAUGAAAAGAGAAGUGGACACGCACUUUUCUUGAACCUGACUCUUUACUUCGUACUGUCUGACCUUCAGAGCGGAUUGCCAUCCACUUUCUCCAGCCUCCGGACAUGUAGUCAGCAGCGUAAGCAGAGCGUAUUCCUCUUUGUGAACUCUUUUCCUCUCAAACAGCUUCCUCUACCUCUCGGGCUGGACUGCGGUGCACUGACGUCGGCUCGCCCUCCCCUGCCCCCUCGCCCCCCAGCAAUGGCCUCACGCAUCGGGCUGCGGAUGCAGCUGAUGCGAGACCAGCUGCAGCAAGAGGAGCAGCGUGAGCGGCAGCAGCAGCAACAGAAUGCAGUCCUGCAGCCUUACAUGCAGCAUCGCAUGGCCGGGCCACCUACACCCACUCCGGCCAUUAGCACCCCGCAGCAUUAUCAAAGCAUGCAGGUCCCUGUGGAGGUUCUUAAGGUACAGACCCACCUGGAGAAUCCUACAGACUACCACAUCCGUCAGUCUCGGAGGCAACAGGUGAAAGAAUACCUGUCUACCACCUUUGCCACCAAACAGACGGUCCAAGCAGUAGCAGGGCUGAUUCCACCCUCUCCUCCCACAAACAUGGGACCCACAGGGGGUUCAGCGUCUGCGCCCCCACCCCUCCAGUCCCCACACAUGCGCACCGAGCAGCUCAUGUCUGGCAACAGUGCACCCAACAGCCCCAUGGCCAUGCUCAACAUCGGCUCCAGCCAUGAGAAUGAGAUGGAUGAGGUCAUUGAUGACAUCAUCAGCAUGCAAUCCAAUUAUGAUGAUAUCCAGGCAUACAUUGACCCUGUCCAGAUGCCCAACACACUCCCUCUGUCUAGCAGUCACCUAGAUGUGUAUACAGGACCUGGGAUGAAGGGGCCAGCUAUUGGUAUGACCAGUAACUCCUGUCCUGCCAACCUGACCAUCAAACGAGAACUGUCAGACACAGAAGCCCGUGCACUGGCCAAGGAGAGACAGAAGAAAGACAACCACAAUCUGAUUGAAAGGAGGAGGAGAUUCAACAUCAAUGAUCGUAUCAAAGAGCUGGGCACCAUGAUCCCUAAAACCAAUGACCUUGUGCAUAGGGAUGUGCGCUGGAACAAAGGCACUAUAUUGCGAGCAUCUGUUGAGUACAUCAAACGCAUGCAGAAAGAUGUGCAGAGGACCAGAGAGGUGGAAAACAACUUCAAAAGGAUGGAGAUGGCCAACAAGCAGCUGAUGCUACGCAUCCAGGAGUUGGAGAUGCAGGCUCAUCUGCAUGGUCUGCCCAGCAACUCUCCCUCUGGCCUGAACCCAACUGACCUGAUGGCUCCUUAUAUAAAACAAGAGACCAGCCCAGAGGAGAAGCUUUCUCACCCCCAGAUACAAGCCCACCACCAGCCCCAGCACCUACCCCAGAACCAGGCUCAGCCCCACCAGCACCACUUCCUCCCGCAAAACCACCUCCAACCUCAGGGCCAGGCUCAGCCUCAGCCCAGGCAGCUGCCACCGCUCCCCCAACACCUCCAGCCUCAGCCACCCAUUCAGUUCCCAGCUGUAGGCAGCUCCCAGCCCUUUGACUAUGCCCAGUCGCUGGACUUGUGCGAUGGGAUUCCCGGCUUCUCAGACAGCAUGUCGGGCCUGGCUGACCUGGGUGGACUGGACGUCCAUGGGAGGAGAGGCGAGCUGGGCUUCCUGAUGAUGGACGAGCCCUUGUCCCCAAUGGGCGGAGACCCGCUGCUCUCUGCAAUGUCCCCUGAAGCCUCGGUCGACUCGAGCCGCAGAUCCAGCUUCAGCAUAGAGGAUGGAGACAUACUGUAGACAUAUGCAUACACACAUGCAUUCAUACAAGCACACGCGUGCACAUGCAGAGGUUUCACAGAAGGUGCAGUAAACAUGCAAACAGCUUGAAAAGUGACAGUUCAUCAACGCAAACUCUUGACACAUGUACAGCACAUACAACAGAAAGAAAUCAGCCACAAAGACAUCACAUCAGCACAAACCCACAACAUGCUGCACAUACUAUACACAUCACGCAAUUUGAACACACACCAACGACACUCAUUUGUGGUACAACUAUCUGUUAAUGGUACAAGCAACAGAAGGUGUUCAGUUCUCACACAGCUGAAAACAUUGUGUAUAGUGCAGCCAUCUGCGCGCACACACACACACAAGUGUGUGUUAGAUAACCUGAGCAGCUUGAAACUUUGCCCAACAGACUGAGCGUUUACAAGGGGUGAACCAACACUGCCAGGUCAGGAGUUAUAUAGCGCACUUGGCCUUGUUUCCAUAAAGGUGGCCCUGAAUGAUAAUUGAACAAGGGACAAAAACCAGCAGUUAAUUAGAUUGAAGUUAUCAGAUACAAGGACAACCGAGCGCAUUGUCUCACUCGAUAGAGGACAAGUUAUUUUCCCCUUUACAUCAGCCUCUUUUAGUAACCAUAAAUGAUUGAAUGAACGAUAGUGCAUAAAAUGAAAGUAGCUUUAUGGUCCUGCAUGCAUAAUUUAUCUUAAGGGGGAUGCCGUCCGUUCACAUCGUUCAUUUCCUCAAUCUGUUAUUCCACAGUUUUCUUUCGCCAUAAGCGCUAGCUGUUUGGUGUCUGACAAAGAUCUGUUUUCAUUUAUUGUAUCUAUCCCACUUAUAGAUAGAACUGGUGUCUCCUCAUGAACACGUACACAUGCACACAUGCACACACACACACACUGCUGUCCCUCAGUUUCUCCACCUUUAACAUUUUACACUCGUGACAUUUAUCCACAAGCUCUGUAAAGUGUAUGUUGACUUUGGAAAGAGAGUAAAGAAAGAAAACCGUUUAAUGGUCUUCAAAAAACAGUGUCAUCCAACUCUAUGAGGUGUCAAAAUACUCAGGUACUGUAACAGAAUACACAAGAAGGAUCGUUUUUAAGUAGAAGCAGAUGAUAACCUGAACUGUGUCACGGCCGUAACCCCUAUCAAUGUGCCUUUUGAUUAUUGCAGCUGCUGCUCCUCAAAGGUAUAUUUUCAUAGGUUAGAGGUCAUGACCAGGGUUUAGACUUAAUAUCAAGUUCAGUUAUGCCUGUAAAUGCUUUAGAGUUUGCUUCUGUACCAGCUACACCCUUAUUAAUGUCAGAGAUAAACAGUAAAUGUUUCUCUCACUCAGUGACUUUGAAGGGCUUAUACCAGAGGCCCAGUUGAAUGAAAGAUUGAGUGACAGGGUUUGUUACUGCAGAGAGAGCGAGAGAGAGCGAGAGAGAGCGAGAGAGAGCGAGAGAGAGCGAGAGAGAGCGAGAGAGAGCAAGAGAGAGCGAGAGAGUGAGAGAGAGAUAGUCAGUCCUAGCUGACAGCAGCAGCAGCAGUAGUUGUAGUAGUUGUCUUCACACAGUUGCAUGCAUUCACACUCACAUUCGGUUCACAGACAGGCAAGCUAGAUGCCCGCCCAGUACACACACAUGCAUUAUAGUGCUCACACACAUACAUACACAUACAUACAGUGCGGUGUGCCUUGAGGCUGUUUUCAAAUCAGCACAUUAACAAGUCUCCUGUGCUUCAGUCUCUCCCCUGAUGAGUCGGGGGAAGCUGCCAGCUGCAGAGGUAAAUCACAGGCCUGCUGUUCAAGCUGCCACGUAAAGGGAACCUGUUCUCCCACUGGCUACUGCUGUCAAUGCAGUGGCUAGGGCAGGUUGAGUUGUACCUGAGUUGUAUCUCUGCUGUGGUGAACCUGGGGCUUGGCUUUGAUUUGAUAUAGCUUAUGAUCAGUACUGAUAAAGGUAGAAAAAAAACUUUGAUGGUGAUUUUUUUGAUUAAAAGAAGUGUUUGUUUUCUUUAUUAUAGUUUGUUGUUUAUUUUAUCUCCCAAAGCACUGGAAACUAUAUUAUUGUUUUGACUUUGUACAUUGAAGAAUUAUGAAAUAAGAUUUAUUUCAGAUAUUUUAUGCCACUAAGCCACUUAAAUGUAUUUUAUUUGUAUUUGUUGUUUUAGUUUUAUUUCAGUUUUAUUCCGAACCUACCCUUUCUUUUCAAAGCCAUUUUCAAGUACACUGUAAAGACAUUUAUGCCACUAAUGUUUCAUUGGGGAAGGAGUGGGCAGCCAUUUAUAAACUUCCAGAUUUCAAGUGACUUUGGAGAGAUGAAGAGAUUAUGUACAUUUAUAAUGCCAUUUUUAUAUGAUUGGGAUUUUAUUUUUCUCUCUGUUUUAACAUUGAAAUUUGGAGCCAGACAUAGAUGAAAGGUGAUUUUUUUUUUUUUUUUGAUUUGAUUAAAUUCAAAUUACUCAUUUUAUGAAUGUAAGGUUUACCAGUGGUUCUGGUCAGAUUGAAGCAGGCUGGCAUUUUCGCCAUACCUCCUUCCUCCCUGACUUUGGUUUCCUUGGAGACCGUAAAACGACUGACUUCACAUAAACUCUGAGCCGAGGAGUUGUGGUUGCCAUGGUGUUGUAUCACUGACUCUACGUUAGCUUCUGUCUGUCUGCCAGAGUUGUGCCUUUUCCCGAUCAGCCACAGUUUGACUAUUGUACUGUCACCCAACCAACACUCCAAAGAGCUGCUCAGGCCUCCUCUACUCUUCCACUAGAGGGCGCUCUGCGGAGCAAACUACACAGGGAAAAGUGGUUCAAAUUUUACUGAGAAUAUAAAAUGUUUUACCAGAAAACA